AUGGCAGCCGGGGCCGGGGAGGGACGGGCUCAGCAGGCGGGCGGCCAGGAGUUCCGGGGGGCCCGCCCGAGAGGCUCCGGACUCCACGGAGACCGGGACCGGGGCGGCGGCGCACUCGGACCCGCCGCGACGACGCGCCUACCUUUUGUCAGAAAGGCCGGGCCUGGGACGCGCGGUGGCGAGGGGCGCUCAUACCGGCGGCUCCGCGGGGCAGUCUCGGUUCCAAUGCUCGGCGGCCGUAGCUCGACCGCCGGUUCCGGGGAGGGGGCCGGGGAGGGGGGAGGGGGAAGGGGCGCGGCGAGGGCACUUGUGGUUGUUACGGGUGACGGGGAGCACCAGCCUGCUCGCGCGCAGUGCCCCGACCGCAUUCUCGCCGAGUCCCUCUGGACAGGCUGCUGCCUGGCCACGCCUCCUUUCCCUUUCAUCUUUCUCACUGACCAAUGGGCUUGGAGUAUUCAGGCCACGCCCCCUAUUCUGCGUUCUAGUGGGGCCCUGGUUACACCUCCUGUGGCUCAGUCGCAGAGCUGCCUGGUUGUUGACUGGAGGCAUUCAGCAGUGCUCACUGGGAUUUUGCUGACGUGGCCCCAAUCCCGCCUCCCUCCCCACCCUGCGAUGUCAGAAAAAACACAACAGGGGAAAUUGGCCACAGCCAAGAAAAAGUUCAGACAAUUUUGGCGGAGGAAGAGCCCUGGCAUUCCAGGAGGAAAGAAAAUCAAUGGCAGUAGCCCUGACACAGCCACUCCUGGUGGUUACCACUCACCUGGGGAUUCAGCAACAAGUGUGGAGAGAGAGGGCCCUGCGUCAUCUACCCUGAAGGAUCUGGAGAGCCAGCACCAGCAACUAGAGGUAGCCCUGGAUUCAAGCUCCACAAUAAUCGGCCAACUCAGCGGAAACAUCAAUUCACUGGGAAGAGCUCCUCGCAUGUUGAAGGAGUGGAAGCAAUAGUUGCAGAAGCUCGGGAGGAGCUUGUUCAAGUUAAAACACCAGACGGCAAGGCCCUUAUUGUCUGCUUCCUUUCUCGGCUGAACCCCAGCAGGGCCCUCUGAGGUGGAGCAGCUACAGGAGGAGGCCAACCACCUAAGAAACGAGCUGGAGAGCGUGGGAAGACGGCUCCAGGCCGAGGUGGAAAACAACAAGAUAUUUACUCUCCUGAAAACCAGACUGGAGAAGCGUCUACGUCAUCAGGAGAAGAGGAUACGUCAAACAGAGGUGGAGAUCUGCGAACUGGACAACAACUUAUGUGAAUGGGAGGAGAGGAUAUGGGAAAAGGAGGAGAGGAUAUGUGACUGGGAAGCCAGGCUAUACGAACAGGAACAGAGGCUACACGAAUGGGAAGAGAGGCUGCGUCAGCAGGAGGAGCCGCCAGGGAAGGAGAGGCCGCGGGAGCUGGAGAGGGUGCUGGAGCCGGAGUGGGAAGCCCUCGAUGAGGAGUGCGACGAGCCAUCCAGCGCCUCGGAGGACCUGAACAAGACCCUACAGCUGGUGGAGCAGAAAGUAAAGAAGAAGCCGGGUGAGCUGAAAGAGAUGGUAACCUUGGACCCAUCCAAGAAGGGCUGGGAGGCGGGCACCAGCCUCUGGGGAGGGGAGAUGCCAGGCCAGAGGCAGCUGCAGCCUGGGGGCAGGUGACCCCAGCACACUGCAUGGCGGUCCUAUGACUGUUUCUUGCUUCCUGCCCUCUGACUUUUAGAGGCGGGUAGCCCUGGGCUCCUCCCAGGUCUGGACAUCAUCAUCCCAGCUAGAGGCAUGGAGCCCCCAAUCACAGAGGAAGAGACAGUGGUAUAAGAGGCUCCUUAUGUUGGGUGUGGUGGCUCACGCCUGUAAUCCCAGCACUUUGGGAGGCUGAGGCAGGACAAUCACUUGAGGUCAGG